CGGAAGUGUCCAAUUGUGGCCAGCAACAUAGCCAACUUCACGGAGCUCAACAAUAGCUAGCUGCUCAAUAAGAAAUGUACAGCUGUGUAAGGAGUUUGGUAACUACAUCAAGAUUACUUUCUGUGCAUAUUUCUUCUCAACCACAACAAUGUGUCACUGACCUACACCUAUGCACAAAUAAAAACAGAUUUUCCCAUACAUGGAAGUCAUCAGUCAACCAAUGGCGACCUUUGCCACAGAUAACGCGCGGACAGAUUCUGCGACUGGCACCCACACGUUUCAUGAGCACCGGUUUACGGAGAAGGCGGUUGCCAAGUGCCUUUCCAGUUUUAGAUGAAAGACUUCUGCCAUUCCACAGACAUGUAUACGAGUCAAAUCUGCGGAACAGCAUAGAUUGUCAUCAGAGGUACGCGGAGAGCACGGAGCUGGUGCGGAAGGGUGGGGGCGACAGUGCGAUUGCGCGGCACACUCAGAGGAACAGGAAGCUGCUGGUGCGGGAGAGGCUACGGCUGCUGCUGGAUGACGAGGACUACCUGGAGCUGUCUGCCCUCGCUGGACUGGGCCUGCCCUACGGGGACAUCCCCUCCGCUGGCUGCCUCUCAGGCAUAGGCAAAAUCAACGGUCUGUGGUGUGUGUUCAUUGCCAAUGAUGCCACUGUGAAGGGUGGCACAGCAUAUCCCAUUACUGUUAAGAAGCAGCUCAGAGCCCAGGAAGUGGCUAUUCAGAACCGCCUGCCUUGUGUGUAUUUGGUGGACAGUGGGGGAGCAUUCCUGCCUCUUCAGUCAGAAAUCUUCCCUGAUAAGAAUCAAGGAGGCCGCACUUUCUACAAUGAAGCCAUAAUGUCUGCGAUGAAGAUCCCACAGGUGGCAGUAGUGUGUGGGUCAUGCACUGCCGGAGGCGCCUACAUCCCCACCAUGGCUGAGGAGGCGGUUAUGGUGCAUAGAAUAGGGAACAUAUUCCUGGGCGGGCCUCCCCUGGUGAAAGCAGCCACUGGGGAGGAGGUGUCUCCAGAAGACCUGGGUGGUGCCAAGCUACAUGCAGAAGUGAGUGGCUGUGUGGACCACUUUGCUCCUUUGGAAGAGGAUGCGUACCAGUACACCCGAAACAUCAUCUCAACCCUCAAUUUUGAGCUGCCCGAGGAAGAGGACCUGAUUGCGGAGGACCCCCUGCACCCUGCGGAGGAGUUAAAUGGCCUUGCCCCUCGUGACUACAACCAUAGCCUGAACGUUAGACUGAUUUUGAGUCGUCUAACAGAUGGCAGUAAGUUUCAGGAAUUCAAAGCACGCUACGGUACGACGCUUGUGACUGGCUUUGCCAAAAUUGAGGGCCAUCAGGUCGGCAUUGUUGCAAGCAAUGGAGAGCUGCUGUAUGAGGCAGCUCUAAAGGGCUGUCACUUUGUGCAGCUGUGUGACCAGCGAGAUAUCCCCUUAAUAUUCCUGCAGAACACUGCCCCUGGUCCAGCACCUACAACGUCUCUGUUUAAGGCUGAAUCCAAUACCAACAGACUAAAGGCCCAGGGAUCCAUGAUGUCUGCUGUGGCAUGUGCCUCCACACCAAAGAUUACUGUGGUCAUUGGAGGUUGCCAUGGUCCUGAGAGUUACGCUAUGUGCGGGAGGUCGUUUGACCCCAACUUUUUGUUCUUAUGGCCGAAUGCCAGAGUGUCUUUGCUGGCUCCGAGGGAUUCAGGAGCCCUGGCACAGGAGGAUGAGGUCGACACACGCAUCCACAAGAAGUUGGAAAAAGAGAGCUCUGCAUUUUUUGCCACUGCAAGACUGUGGGAUGAUGGGGUGAUUCUGCCUCAAGACACAAGGAAGGUGUUGGGCAAGUGCUUGAAGAUCAUCAGACAACAAGAAUACCAGCUUUCCACAGAAAAACGAAGGUCCCCAUUACUUCGAAUCUAGUACUACAAUGGAUGGCCUUUUUGAGAAGACUGUUUACAUAUGUCAACAAAACAGCUGCUACUCAUUUCAUUUGAACCAUGUUUGACAUUUGUACCAGCACUAAAUAUUCACCCUCCUUUAUCCAGUAAAUUCAACGCAUUUGUGAUUAAAAAAUAAAUUCUCAGGUCUGAGCAAGAUUUCUGACCAGUUUCCUAUUUAGCCGUUGAGCUCUGCAGCUGUUGGAGACAGUUGCCCUUCUCAUAUGGUUGUUCAGUCUGGUCGGAUGCCCUGAAUGUUUGGGCUUGACCAUGUUUUUUUACACUUUGUUAGAGUAGACUUAAUGGUGCUAAUAGGAAGGCUCAAAGCCUUUUUUUUUUUUGCUUUUUUAAACUUCAGAGAACUGUUCCAUGGACAGUUCCUUGGUCUUCAUGUCUGAUCUCCUGUUUCAGUUGGGAGGCCAGACAAUAUCAGUGAAUUAUUUUGCACUAAUAUGAAAUGCCACUUCCCUACUAAUAGGCUCUUUGAAUAAUUCAAGCAUCUGGACUUUGCCAGCAGUCUAUGGAACUAUGCUAGAGACAAAUGAGACCAAAAGUAACCUUUUUGGCCAUGUACACCACUAGCAUGUUUGGCAUUAAAAUAGGGAUGCAUACUACAAAAAUACCUCAUAACUACCUUCAAAUAUCGUGGUAGAUUAUUGAUGCUUUGGGAAUGUUUUGUUGACUGUGGUCCCGAGGCUGUUGAUAUAAUCAGUUGUAUAAUAAAUUCCACCAUGUACCUGGACAUUUUAGUCAAGAACCUGACUGCUUCUGCCAGGAGGCUGAGACUUCGCCGUACCUGCAUGACCCGAAUGACCCAAAAUAUGGAAUCACAGCAAUGGUUCUGUGAAAGCAAAAUCAAUGUUUGCUCCAGAGACUUGUCAAGUGUUGUUGGAAAAUGCUCUGUGCUUGUUAUCCUUGACAGGGGUUCACCAUGUAUUAAACAGGGGUUCAGAUAUUUUUGGAAGUUAUUCAUUUGAAAAUUAUUUGCUGUUUCUUUGGUUGAUUCAAUGCAUUAAUUUCAAUUAAUUAAAUUAUGUAAUUUCAUUGAGUACACUAUUUUCCACAUGGAAAAAUGACAAUAUAUUUCAGUAAUGUUUUCUGUAGUCUUUUGUCAGCAUCUUUAUCAAGGUACUGUACCAAUACUUCUGUCCCUGACUGUAGGAAGACCUCAGUAACAUGUUUAGAAUCAUGUCUCAAGAAAAUGGAAUAUACCUGGCCCAGGUUGGUUGUUGGUGCAAAGGAGGUGAAUACUUUUUCUUUUUAUUAAUUCUGAAGCCUGAAUACUAAAUACUUUAUUUCAUUUUGACAACACAAAGGGUUAUAUACGAGUAGAAAUGAUCAAUAUAAAUGUAUUUUAGUUUGACAUUGCUACACAAGUUACUAGGACAAUACAAUCAAUCUGUUUUGUAUCUUUAAAGCAAAAUAAAGAAACGGUCUAUAGUA